UUAAUAUAAAAGGGAAGCGCUACUGAUUACUGCUAUUCUCAUGACCGUGUGCGUUAUUUCUAUGGGCUGUGGGUUCGUGAGCCUGCUAGAUGACCCGAAACGCAUUGAACACACUGUAAACCCAAAAGGCUCUGCCAGUCCGGUUCUGGUUCCGUUCCGGGGAAGGAGAGGCAGCCUGAGCCAGACAGCUGUUUAGCAUCCAAGUGGCCGCGGCUCUUGGGAGGCUGCUGCGGGGCUUUGGCUCCAACAUGCCGACGUGUUGCUAACCUGAGGGACUUCAUCACUACAGGACCCAGACCUUCAGCUCCAUAUGGCUGUGUAUGAUGAGAACAUCCUGAAGAAUCCUUUUUACUUGGCCUUGGAGAAGCAGAGACCUGACCUCUGCAGCCGCGUUGCAGACUUCCACGGCAUUGUUCUGGUUCCGUGUUGUGGAAGUUUGAGUGCGAGCAGCUUCUCAGACUCUCACUUUGACAGCUACAUCCUGCAGCCUGUGGAGGAAGGAUACAAGACUGUGAAUGGAAAGAAUAUCAAAAUCCAGGACAGGCAGGUGUUGCUGGGCCUCGGCUCCCCAGCUUCGUCUGUGGUGCCCAUUCUGUUUGAGGAAACCUUCUACAACGAUCAGGAGCAGAGCUACAGCAUCCUGUGCAUCUCCAGACCGCUGGAGGUAGAGCUGAGCCCGGCUGAGGUCAGUCCACUGCCGGCGUAUUGUCUGAGGAGCGUGGAGGAUGUCAGGGAGUUCCUGGGUCAUCACUCCCACAAACUGGACAAGUUCAUCCACAGUUUCUGUCAGGCUUUCAGAGAGCAGGAGAGGAAAGGCCUCCGAUACUACAUUGACUCUGUAAACGGACUUUACACUAAAUCUCUUCAGUGCCUGCUGAGAGACUCUCGUCUGAAACUCCUAGCAAAACAGGAGCUUCAGAUGACUCUUCUCAAACAAGCUGUGGGGAUAUAUAUCCAUCAUGGUAUCCAUGAUUUAAUAUUUAACCUUGUGGGGACUCUUGAAGCUUGUCAGGAUGCUUCGUUUAAUAAAAUCACCAGGAGUCUUCAGGACCUGCAGCAGAAGGACCUGGGAGUGAAACCAGAGUUCAGUAUGAACUUGUCUCGGGCAAAGAGAGAGCUGAGUCAGCUCAACCAGCAGACGUCCCCCCUCCUCAAAGUGUUGUGUCUGCGCAGAGUCGUCCUCACUGCCACCCUGACGCCCAGAUGUACAGUGAGUAUCGAAGCCGUGAGUGCAGAUGAUCUCCUCUCUGUUGUCCUUUACCUUUUGGUCAAGACUGAAAUCCCCAACUGGAUGGCCAACCUUAGCUACAUGAGGAACUUCUGCUUCAGCAACUCCAGCAAAGAUGAGCUCAGCUACUGCCUGAGCACGUUUGAGGCAGCAGUGGAGUACAUCAACCUGGGGAAGCUGCAGAACACGUGCUCUGUCACGGGUGAGCUUAGAGACAAAGCUCUAUUCAAGGCAAGGAUGAGUCUGCUGACUCAGAACGUGGCUGCUCCCGUCCUUCGCCUGUUUGAGCACGUAGCUAAUGGAAAUGAAGCCGAAGUGGAACGUCUGCUGAGUGAAGGUGAAGCCGAUGAAGAUGUCAGGAUGUGUCAUCCUCUUUGUUCCUGUGACCUCUGUGACGGCCAUCUGUCAGGGCGCUUGAACGAUCUCUCCAUCAUCACACCGUUCUCCAGAGAUGACAGAGGAUACACUCCACUGCACGCCGCUGCGAUCUGUGGUCAGGCCCAGUUGAUCGACUUGCUGGUGCAUAAAGGAGCUCCAGUUAACGCCACAGACUACCACGCCCUCACACCACUUCACCUGGCCUGCCAGAGAGGAUACCAGGGCGUCUCACUGCUGCUUUUGCAUUACAAGGCCAACACGGAGGCCCAGGACAACAACGGAAACACACCGCUGCACCUGGCCUGCAUGUAUGGACAUGAGGAUUGUGUGAAGGCCUUGGUGUACUACGAUGUCCAAACGUGCCGUCUGGACCUGCAGAAUGAUAAAGGUGACACUGCAUUGCAUAUAGCAGCUCGAUGGGGAUAUGAGGGAAUCAUCCAGGUGCUGCUGGAGAAUGGAGCGAGCACACACAUCCUCAACAAGAAUAGAGAGACUCCACUGCAGUGUGCCCUCAACUCUAAGAUCCUCAUGCUGUUGAAGUUGACACAGAACAACCAUCAGCACAGCAGAAAUGAUUCUGCAGGUUGCUCCCCUCUGGCCUCAGACUGCAGCAGCCGUCGCUCCUCUGUCUCCAGCACGUCUUCUAUGAGCUCUGAAGCCAAGCCUGAGGCUGAACGUGUUCGACACAGAGAGGUGGAGAAGUUGCUGCGAGCCGUUGCUGAUGGUGAUGUGGAGAUGAUGCGGUACCUGUUGGAGUGGACAGAUGAAGAGGAGGAUGAAGAAGGAGAGCUGCAGUCUGAGUCACACCUCUGCCAUCCACUCUGUCAGUGUCCAAACUGUGCUCCUGCUCAGAAGCUGCCUCUGCAGCUGGCUGGAGCGCUGGGCGUCAACAGCUGCAAUGCAGACGGCUUCACGCCUCUCCAUGUGGCCGCCCUGCACGGCCAUUCAUCCCUGGCGGCGCUGCUGAUCCGCCAUGGGGCGAACGUCAACGUCCGCACCAUCCAGAGCGCCACCCCGCUUCACCUAGCCAGCCAAAACAGCCAUGUUCAGGUUGUGAGGUUUCUUCUGGAGUGCAAUGCCAAGCUGAACAAGAAGGAUCACUAUGGAAACACACCUCUGAUCCAUGCGUGUCUCUGUGGUAACCUGGAAACUGUCAGCAUUCUGCUGCAGAGUAAUGCUUUGGUGAACGUAGCAAAUGUGCAAGGCAACACGGCUCUGCAUGAGGCGGUGCGGGGGGGGCACCAGGAUGUGGUGGAGCUGCUGCUGAGGUCUGGGGCCUCGCCCACCCUCAGAAACAAGAGGCAGAGGACGCCACUGGACUGCGCUUAUGAGUUUGGUGGCAAGAACACUGAAACUUUAAGAGCUCUGCAGAAGGCAUCAGGACUUUCACCAGAGGCUGAACCAAUCAAACUCCUAUCUGUGCCAAAAGGGGCUCUGGCUCAUUCAUUGGUGCAGCGCCUGAAGCUGCAGGAUAACUCCAACGGCCGGAGACACAAACUGGCUCAGUCUGCCAGCAGGAUGCAGCACAUGAGAAAAGGUUCAUCUGGUUCUCCCCCCAGGAGCCCACCAUUUCUUAACCAGCAGGUGAAUCCAGAGCGGAGGAGGCUGAGGCGAGGGGAGACCCUGGAGGUCAACAGCCAUUUAGGAAGCCUUGACUUCUCACCUCGUCUAAAGGAGCGGCCUCUGGUUCGUUGUCACACCCUGGAUGGUGGAGUGCUGCCCACACAGCCAGCUCAGCCCCCAGCCCACUCUGAAACUGACUGACCAGUCAGUGCUGUGGCAGCAGCUGGUGGGGCCGUGCAGCCAGGCAAUGUAAAUGUGUCACCACAAGCUCACUGCGCAGCAGAACCCGGCCGGUCUCGGCGGCGGAACCCCGGCCGGUCUCGGCAGCAGACAAUUCUUCAGCACAAAUCUGCAUCACAACAGGAGGAAAGGGGAUUUCUCACACCACUCUACCAGUUUAAAGCACAAUGUGUUGGGUCGCAGUAUGUAAUCUGGUUUUAUUUGCCCCAGCUUUUAGAUUUCGGUCACUUACUUUGAUUGAUUGUUUUGUGAAUGCACUGUUGGGCCUUUUUACACAUAUGCAAUAUUUUACUCGAUUUCAGAGGUGGAUAAACGGAGAGGCUGGUUCUGCCCACAAAGCUCCACCUCAUUCUGAUUCGUUCUGAAUUUACUUCAUCAACAUAGGAAAACAUCCCAAUUUGAAAAAAGGAACAUUUCAAGUCAAAUGGUGGAAUCCAUCCUAUGAUUCUCUCCCACUUGACUUUCUGCAGCUUUAUGUAACGUUGUGUGGGGAAGUCUGGUGGAAACACAAUAUUUCCAGUUUAUUUUACCAGCUUACCUCUAAUAUCAUGAAACAUGAAAUCAUCAUAAUCAUGAUUAAAUCAUCAUUAGAUCAUUCUUACACCAUGUUACUAAAUGAAAUCCAGCUGCCACAUCAGGCUCAGCUCUUCCCCUUCCUGUACUUUUCUCUUCUGAGUUUGGUGGUUUGAUAGAUUACUGCACUGACUAGUUAGGAAAAUGCUCAAAGGGUUGCUUAUACUUUAUUCAAUUGUUUAUUAAUAUCUGGGAAUUGUGCUAUUCCUGCUCUUUUUAGCCACUUGACUCUUCUAAUGUAUAACACAUGAAUGAAAAUACCAGAACUAAAAAGUAAAGGAAUGAGAGAAGGGAUGCAAUUUUCUUCCAAUAUCUUCUAUAUCACAUCCUAGUCAGAGAACUAAAACUGUUAGAUUAUGUGUUUGAAUCAAGCUGCUACAUCUGAACCCUGUAAUCACGUCUGACCCGUAGAACCUCUAAUGGGAAAAAGGGAUGCAGCCCAUUUCCUCACGUUGGCUUCACACUGUCUGAAUAGUUCAGUUUAAAACUGAACACCAAACUUUAUAUCAAAACGGUGCUUCGUGUUUUAUUUGUCUUCAAGACCAGAUGUAACUGACUACAAGUUCAUGAGCAUCAGUCGGCUUCAAUCUCCUCAGAUGUACUGAUGAGUCUUCAUUGCAGUUUGUAGCUUCUCCACGACUUCCUGUGCUGACUCGGCACGCUGUGAGGACGUCAGUCACAUGACUGCAGCUGUCUUCCAGUCCACAGCGUCAGAGGGACAGAGAGUUUUCUGUCAGCUGAUGACAGCCGCUGCUCCAGCUCAGCAGCACCACAUUCACAGGGAAAAGGAAGUACAUCCUCUCUUUUCCAGGGUCCACAUUUAGAAAUGUUGAAGUUUAAAUGUCUAAAACCAUUCACAUUUAGUCACUACUUGUUUGUCAGUUUGCAGAAAAGCUUGUAAAUUGUUCACUUUCUGAACUCUAGAUAUGAUCAAAAUUUAUACAUCUGGAUUUGAAAGUGGAUUUACUUCCUUUUUACUGGAACUCGGUAAUGCAGUAUUUAAUAAAUGUGUCACCCUUGCACAACAUCUGACCCGAGGCACCAAAACGCGACACGGUAAAACACAUGAAGGGGUUCUCAUGAUAAAUCAGAAAACGUGUUGAUAUCUGGAGAUGGAGCUGAUGUCUGACAGGAUGCUGCUGCAGGCAGCUCUGUAGUGGAGGGAGCCAUGUUUAUCCUGAGCUGUUCCACCAUGAUGACAGCCUCAGUACUGUAUGUGUUCCUGUUUUUCUGCCUGAUGCUGAGCUGUGCAGUCAGCCUCACGCAGGACGUCCACCAUGUUUGUUCCCGUUCCUCCUGUUUGUUUUUCCUCCAAACCUGUAGGAAAUCCUACAGAGCCUGACCUUUUCUCUGGUCCAAGGUCAGAGUGUGAAAGCCUGCUGGUCGUGUUUUAAUUAUUCUAAUGCACCAUUUUCAUUUCAGGUCUGAAAGUUAAAACUGCUGAAUGUGCCUUAUUUAUUUACACCCAAAAUAUUCAAUAAAAGACAUUUUGAUUAAAUCCA